UUAUGUCGCCGCCGCUUCCCUCGUAGUGAUUGUUUAGCUGCAGGCCAGUCUCAACGGGCGGUUUACGCCCGCCUCCUCCUCCCUAUCAUCCCAUCCCCUGAGAAACGAAUGUCCGCAGUGACUGCGUGUUAGGACUGCGAAGAGGAUUAGGAAGUGGAGCUAGCGGACAUUAGUCGCGACCAUCGAUGGCGGCCGCGAGUUUUCCUCCAAACUUUUCGAACGUCGGUGUACUAGAGAAUUGCGCCGGCAUGGAGGCAACAAACGGCGCGAUCGAGCACGACUUCCACAAUACGUUGGUGCCGAUAAACGGUAGCCAUUCAGGCAGCUCCGGCAGGAGUACGCCGAACGGCGGCGACCCGGCGCCGGGCAAGCUUUUCGUGGGCGGCCUUUCCUGGCAGACGAGCAGCGAAAAGCUGCGGGAAUAUUUUAACAUGUUCGGCACUGUCACCGAUGUCCUCAUCAUGAAGGAUCCGAUGACGCAGCGUAGCCGCGGUUUCGGCUUCAUCACAUUCGCCGAGCCCGGUAGCGUCGACAAAGUCCUCAAGUGUCCCAUCCACACCCUGGAUGGCAAGAAGAUUGAUCCGAAGCACGCGACGCCGAAGAAUCGCGCGAAACAGGCCAAUCGCACUAAGAAGAUCUUCGUGGGUGGUGUCAGUCAGGACACCAGCAGCGACGAGGUCAAGGCCUACUUCAAUCAAUUUGGGAAGGUGGAGGAGACAGUGAUGCUGAUGGAUCAACAAACGAAACGUCAUCGCGGCUUCGGUUUUGUCACCUUCGAGAACGAGGAUGUGGUGGAUCGCGUGUGCGAGAUACACUUCCAUACGAUCAAGAACAAGAAGGUCGAAUGUAAGAAGGCGCAGCCGAAGGAGGCGGUGCAACCGGGUGCGCUAGCGCUCGGUAAACGAGUAGUGCUCGGUGCUUUAGGUGUGCGGCUCGCGCCGCAACCGCCGCUGCCGCCCGCUGCGGCCGCGGCCGCCGCCGCGGCGCCCGGCAAUCCCUAUCAGGGCUACUCGCUCACCAACGUCGACAUGUCAAGCUUCCAGGGCGUCGAUUGGGGAUCCAUGUAUGGGAUGGGGAUGUACGUUUAA